AUGGAGGUCUACGUGGAUGACAUGCUGGUGAAAGCCCCAAAACGUGCAGAUCACAUCAAAAAUCUUGCUGAGGCAUUCAGCCUGCUUUGCCAAUAUCGCAUGAAGUUGAAUCCGAAUAAAUGCACAUUUGGUGUAUCCUCAGGCCGAUUCUUGGGAUACCUAGUCACACAAAGAGGUAUUGAGGCACACCCACGUCAAAUCAAAGCCAUUCUCGAGAUGAAGUCGCCCUCCACGGUGAAGGAGAUACAAAGUCUAACGGGUAGAGCAGCAACCCUCAAUCGAUUCCUCUCGAGAUCAACUGAUAAGUGCAGACCAUUCUUCGAAACUUUGAAGAAAGGACAAAGAGACAAAUCGGAUGAGGAGUGCGAAGUAGCUUUCCAUAAUUUGAAGACUUAUCUCACUUCACCUCCCCUGCUCUCAAAGCCAACCCCUGGCGAAGACUUGUUCGUGUACCUGGCAGUGUUCAACUCAGCUCAAAAAGCUGCAAUAAACGCCCAGGCUUUAGCAAACUUCGUAGCAGAAUUCACCCCAUCGGCCGAAGAAGAGAAAUUAGUCAACAAAAAGAAGGAAAGUUUAAAAGCAAAUGGGAUGUCCGUUGAACCUAGCCAACCUAGAGACAUGUGGCAAUUGCGCAUAAACGGGGCGUCGAACCAAAAGGAAGCUGGAGCUGGUGUCGUCAUCACUACCCCAGAUGGAACCGUGUUGGAGCAAGCUAUCACGCUUGGCUUCCUGGCCUCGAACAACGAGGCAGAAUACGAGGCAUUGCUUUCCAGCUUGCGCUUGGCAAAGGAACUCGCAAUCAAGAAGCUCGCUAUCUACUCAGAUUCCCAGUUGAUCACAAACCAAGCCUCAGGUGAAUACAUGGCGAAGCACCCAAGGAUGAUCUUAUACCUUGACAAAGUCCAAGAGCUAUUGAAGGCUUUUCCUACCUUCACUAUCCAACAAGUACGCCGGGCAGAGAACGCGCAUGUAGACCCACUGGCAAGCCUAGGGUCAGCACUGGAUACCCAGUUCAGACGUUCCAUCCUAAUCGAACACCUUGACCGACCAAGCAUUAAAGAAAUAGAGCCGAUCGACACAAUUAAGAUUGACGAGGAUCCCAGUUGGCAAGACCCCAUCAUCGACUACUUGGUGAAUGAAAACUUGCCAGCGGACAAGUCCGAAGCUAGAAAGGUCCAGCAGAAGGCCGCGUGA